AUGUUCAGGGGCGGUCAGACCAACAGUUACGACGAAAUCGUUGCUAAAACGACUGAUGAAAACCUGACGAAUGAGAACUGGGAGUUGAUUCUGAAUCUAUGCGACAAGGUCCUCGAUGAAGGUGAACAAGGCGCGCGCAAUAUUGUCGCCGCCGUCCUCAAACGUCUGGCGCAUCGCAAUCCUAACGUACAACUAUAUACGUUGACUCUUGCGGAGUCGUUGACGAAGAACUGCGGAAUUGAGGUGCAUAGGGAGAUCGCAUCGCGCGCAUUCACCCAGGGACUAGAGAAGCUGGUUACCGAUCGGACCACGCACGACAAAGUUCGGCGGCGAGCCCUAUCAUUGAUUGCUCAGUGGACAUCGGAGUUCGAGAAGGACCCCACGCUCGGGAUUAUGGAGGAAUGCUUCGAGUCUCUAAAGAGCAAGGGAUACAAGUUUGAGACGCCAGAUGAGCCUCCGCCGCCGGAUGUGGAUGAUGAAGUUCGUCGCCGGGAAGAGGAGGAACUACAACGCGUCCUGGAGAUGUCCAUGCACGACAAGGGUGGACGACCUCAAUGGGCUAAUUACUCGCUUGCAUCGUCAAGCGGUGCAGGCGGAUCCGGCUCGAACGUAAACCUACCGGCAACCAACACCACGCAGCCGCCCCGCCAGCAGCAAACAAGCUAUGGCGGCUACGUGCCCUCAGCCAGCCCGGCGGUUUCUGCCGCGAACACUUCUUCACCGUCCACGGUGGCCUCAAUUACGCCGUCCUCAACGCCUAGUGCAUCGGGCCAGGACAGUGUCUCUAUAGUCACCAGGGUCCGGGCGCUACACACCUUCGAGCCCACUGAGGCCGGAGAGCUGGCCUUCGAGAAGGGCGACAUCAUCAAGGUCGUCGACCGAGGAUACAAGGAUUGGUGGCGUGGCCAGUUGAAGGGCAGGACGGGCAUCUUCCCUGUGAACUAUGUGGAGCCUUUGCCCGAGCUUACGGCGGCUGAACUCGCCCGAGAGGCGGAGCAGGAGGCUGCUGUGUUCUCGCAAGCUGCGAAUGUGGAUCGUCUGCUGACGUUGCUCCGUGGUAUGGAUCCCGCAAAGGACAAUCUCGCGGAUAAUGAGGAGAUUCAGGAAGUGUACAGGAACUGCAUGACUCUGCGUCCCAAGAUCGUCAAGCUGAUUGACAAGUAUAGUCAGAAACGAGCUGACCUCGUCUCGAUGAAUGAGACGUUUGUGAAGGCGAGGACCAUAUUCGACCGAAUGAUGGAGGAAAGCCUUGCUCGAAACAGUGCUAUGUAUGAUGCACGUCCCUCGUACGCUCAGACUCACUCAUCGUACAUCGCCCGCCCCGACUCCCGUGCUCGUCAAGAAUACGGCAUGCCGCCAGGCCCUCAGCCUUACGGUUACGGUACAGCAGGCUAUGAUCAAGGCUACAACGCCUAUCCUGCUUCCCAGCCGGGUUACGCGCAAGGCCCUGAGCGUGCCUACUCUCCCGCCGCUCGCCCCCAGCCCGCAUAUGACUCCAACCCGUAUACUCAGAGGCCACAGACUGUGUACGGUCAACCGCAAGUCUACGGCGCCCCUACACCUUAUGGCAGCCAGCCCGAGUCCCAGAUCUAUCCUGCCGGUCAGCCUGCUCAGCAAGCGCAGCCUCAGCCUCAGCCUCAGCCUCAGCCUCAGCCUCAGCUUCAGCCUCAGCUUCAAGCGCACCCACAGGUGCAAGCUACGCCUUUCCAACAAGCUGGCGCUCCCGUUUCGACCCAGCUCACGCCGACGCCCCAAGUCCCACAACCGCAGGCCCAGCCCCAGCCGCAUGCACAACCGCAGCCGCAGCCGCAGGUGCAGCUACAAGCCCAACCGCAGCCUCAAGCUCAAGCUCAAGCGGAGCCCCGGCCCGAGCCCGAGCGGCAGCAGAGUGGCCCGCCCUUCGUGUAUGACCCCAAUGCAACGUAUCCCGACCCGAAUGUGCAGGCCUGGGCGCAGUACUAUGCUCAGGGCGGAACGGACCCAACAGGCUCUGUCUACUUCGUCUCCGUGCCUGGGGUCAAGGGGGGCCAUCCAACACAGACUCAGCAGCAGCAAUCAGUCUCACGCAGCAGCUCGCAGGACACUGCGCAGACCGUUGUGGCCCAGCAGGCGCAGGUGUCAACUACGGACUUGAGCGCAACGACACCUUCGGGACAACCUGCUGGCGAGAUCGCUGCGGCCCACGCGGGUUCGGAGGUCCCUGGUGUGCAGCAGCAAGCACCCGGUAGUCCGACAUCAAGGCUCUCUCAGCCUGCGCACGGAGAACCCCAGCAGGGUGCGUGGCAGGCGCAAUACCAGGGCUUGCCAAACCAGCUCGCGGGGAUGCAGGUGUCCGGUGAGAACGCGCAGGCCCCACAUUCUGGCCCGCAGGGCGUCGGCGCGCCUGCUUGA